UCUUACCCUGUUCCUUUCCAUGGCGAAUCAGAUACGAAGUUCCAAUUCUAUCCUUCGCUCUCCUCUCAAAAAUCUCCUAGCUUUCUCAGCUUCCUUCAUUCUUCGCCGCUCAUCAUUGUUUUCUCCACUUUUCUCUCACUAGAUUCUCUCUCUAGACUUCAUAUCUAUUAGAUAUACACAGUUGGGGCCAGAAAUUUGAAAGUUCAAAAUUAUUCUGAUUUGGGUCUGUGUGGAGUUCAUGAUCAUCUGAAUCUGCCGGGAGUGUAAAUUGAAAGGACUAGUUUGGUCAAUUGAUGAGAAAUCUUUGAAAUCUGAUCAGAUUGUUGCUUUUCUAGUAAAACCAACACACUGAUUUUUUUAAUUUCAUUUUGGGAGGAGGGUUUGUUUGACUUUGUUUGCUUGCAAAAAUGGAUGGUUUAUAGUGAAGAUACUAGCAACUGGAUUUCAAUCAUUACCCAGUUGGUAGGUUUGUGUGUGUUGAUGAUUGGGUUGGUUGACUUCUGUAUGCUUACUGGCAUGAAAACCCUAAAAAAUUGAUCUGGGUUUUCUCUUGAAGUCUUGGUUGAGGAUUGUUUUUUGGAUUUUUUUUUGAAGAUUUGGCUGCUUGGUUUCUGGGUUUUAGUCAAUCUUGAUUUUCCUUAAUUUUGUUUUUGGCUGGAAGAAAAGAAUUCUUGAUGAUCUGUAGUUUAACCAUAAGUUGGCUGAGUUUUUCCACUUGAAAAGGUUUUGAUUGAAUCUGGUGGACAAUAGCUUUUGUACUUUUUGUUUCUCAGUUGUUUGGUUGGUUAUGGAGUACCUUCCUGUUGAAGUCAUUGGAAACAUUCUAUCCCGGCUUGGGGCUGCACGAGAUGUUGUGAUAGCAUCCACGACUUGCAGGAAAUGGCGAGAGGCUUGGCGGAACCACCUCCAUACACUUUCCUUCAAUUCAAAUGACUGGUCUGUAUACAAUGAUCUCUCGACAAGUAGAAUAGAAAUUCUUAUCACUCAAACAAUUUUCCAGACCACCGGACUCCAAUGCUUAUCAAUUAUUAUGGAUGCGGUUGAUGAGUUCUCAGCUGCCCCAGUGAUUGCUUGGCUAAUGUAUACUAGGGAAACCUUGCGCCUGCUACAUUAUAAUGUAAGGACCACCCCAAGCAUUAAUAUUCUUGACAAAUGUGGUCGACAAAAGCUGGAAGUGUUGGAAUUGGCUCAUAAUUCUAUCACAGGUGUUGAACCUAGUUAUCAGAAAUUUCCUUGCCUCAAGUCGCUUUCUUUGAGGUAUGUUAGUAUCUCAGCAUUGGAUUUGAACCUCUUGCUUACUGCCUGCCAAAAAAUAGAGGUAUUGGCUCUUGUCAAUCUAGAUAUUGCCAUGUCAGAUGCGCAGACAACAAUGGAAUUGAGUAGUGCCUCUUUGAAGGAUAUUUAUGUUGAAGCGAUCAGUUUGGAUAAGUUUAUAUUGGAGGCUGAUGGCAUUGAGAAGUUGCACUUGAAAGACUGUACACUUGAGGUUUUUGAGCUUGUCAGCAAGGGGACCUUGAGGUUUCUCAAGAUUGAUGAUGUUAGUGUCAUCCAACUAGAUAUUGGUGAGGGUACUGAAAAUCUUGAGAUUGUCGAUGUUAGUAAUUUCACAAUCAUGUGGCCAAAGUUUCAUCAUAUGAUCUCAAGGUCAUCAAAAUUGAGAAGGCUUCGGCUUUGGGGUGUUGUUUUUGAUGAUGAGGAUGAGGUUGUGGAUUUAGAGACAAUAUCUUCAUGUUUUCCUUUGUUGAGCCAUCUGUCCUUGUGUUACGAUCUGAAAGAUGGGGCAGUGCAAUAUGGCUUGCAAGGUUCAUUUCAAUUUGAAAAUGUGGUUGUAUUGGAACUUGGGUGGACAGUAAUUGGUGAUCUGUUCUCACACUGGGUUGCAGGACUUCUUGAAAGGUGCCUCAAUCUUAAGAGGUUGGUCAUUUAUGGGGUGGUUUCUGAGGCCAAGACCCAUGAAGAAUGCCAAAUGUUAGCCAAUUUUACCUCGUCCAUUGUUAGGCUUAUGAGGAAAUAUUUGCAUGUGGAGAUUCAAUUUGAAUAUGAAUGAAGAUUUGCCAGAGUUUUGGUGAAGUAUUGGUUGUACCACAGGUAUAUGACACCCAAUGGAGAUUCUGAUCAUCAUCUUUAUGUCCUUUUAUCAGAGUUCCACUAUUUUUGCCUUUCAGCUUAAAUUGUUGAUUGAGCAACUUCAUAUAUACCCUAUUCUUUGUGUAGAAGUGUAUGCUGUGUUGUAGCUUUUUGUUGUUGUUAAUCUUCUUUCUUCAAUUAAGGCUGUUUAUUAUUAUGUUGUUUUCUUAAUUCAACACUUUUAAUUCAUUUUUGGGUCGUG